AAGAGAGAGAGGAGAGAAGAAAACAAAAACCAAGAAAAAAAAAAAAAAAGGGAAAAAAGAAAAAAAAAAAAAGGGGGAAAAAUCGGUGAACACGAUCCGAAGACGAGGGGAAUCGAUCCUUUUUAAGGCGUUAAUCUCUCUUCAUUCGGCCAAUCGCGCUCGAUCGGGGCGCUCCAGAACAUUCGGGAGGCUUCUAGAAGACCAGCACGCACGUCCAUCCGCGUCCUGGCAUGGAGCUGUACGGACGGAGCCCCGCAGCGGAGGGCGCCUACCCGGAUCCCGACACCGGUUUGGAAGAAUCCAUGUGGAGGUUGGGAUUGGCCGGCGGCGACUUACCGUACCCGGAGCGGCCCGGGGAGCCCGACUGCGCCUACUACAUCCGUACCGGAUCGUGUGGUUAUGGCGAGAGGUGCCGCUACAAUCAUCCCCCCGAUCGUGGAGCGCUAGCCAGAUCUGGAAGGACUGGAGUAGUGGAGUAUCCCGAGCAUGUGGGACAACCUGUAUGUGAGUACUACAUGAAGACUGGAACUUGCAAAUUUGGUUCUACAUGCAAGUACCACCACCCGAGACAAGGUGGUGGAUCUGAGCAGCCAGUGUUGUUAAAUUAUUGUGGAUACCCAUUACGGCCGGGUGAGAAAGAAUGCUCCUACUAUAUGAAGACAGGACAAUGCAAGUUUGGUUCAACCUGUAAAUUCCAUCAUCCACAACUUGGUGGUGCCUCAAUGCCUCCUGCAUCUAUGUUUUAUCCGACGGUGCAGCCUCCUUCAAUUCCUUCACCUCAUCAGUAUCCACCUUUGGCCAGUUGGGAAGUUGGAAGGCCUUCAGUGUUGCCUGGAACAUACAUGCCAGGAUCUUAUGGUCCCAUGUUGCUUUCUCCUGGAGUUGUUCCAGUUCAGGGUUGGGGUCCCUAUCCGGCGCCUUUAAGUUCAGUAGUCUCUCCAGGUGGGCAACAAACUGUUCAAACAGGACCUUUGUAUGGGCCGUCUAACCAGGUAAAUACUUCAGUCCCUGCCUACCAAGUGCCAUAUACCUCGUUCUCUUCCUCAGCUGGGCCUUCAAGCAGUAGUGAGAGAGAACAAAUGUUUCCAGAGCGACCUGGCCAACCUGAGUGCCAGUUCUACAUGAGGACAGGGGACUGUAAAUAUGGAGUGACAUGUAAAUACCAUCAUCCACGAGACUGGAGCAUACCAAAAACAAACUGUGUGCUCAGCCCUCUAGGCCUCCCUCUUCGUCCGGGGGCUCAGAUUUGUGCGUUCUAUGCUCAACAUGGAGUAUGCAAGUUUGGGCCGACUUGCAAAUUUGAUCAUCCAGUUGGAACGUUGAGCUACAGUCCCUCUGCAUCUUCCCUUUCUGAUAUGCCUGUUGCUCCCUACCCAAUUGGAUUCUCUGUAGCGACUUUGGCUCCAUCCUCAUCAUCUUCAGAUCUACGGCAUGAAUUCAUUUCUAGCAAGGAGUCUUUCUCUAGCCAAAUGCCACUAUUUGAUAACACAUCUAGUGGUUCUGUUGGUUCAAUUUUUUCAAGGUCGAGUUUCCUACCCCACACCCUCAUUCAACCACAGGCUUCUAUGUCGAGCAGCAGCAGCAACACAGCUCAUGGUGGUGAGAUCUCUAGUUCAAGCUGAGAAGAUCUGAAGCAUAUUCUUUUCAAAUUUUUCUUCAAGACUAGUUUGGAACUCCAACACGUUUUACAUUGUUCUUGACACGAGUGAAGAUGCAAUAUAUUCAUGUAUUGUUUCUUCAGGCUCUCCAUUUCAAUUCUUCCUUGUUUCUAUCAUCUCUUCCAGUUCUAUCCCAUGCUCUGAAUAGCCCUUGUUCAUACAAUCUUUAUCAGCCCAACAACCUUUCCCACUCAAAUAAGCUAUAGCCAACAUAGAAGAGGCAUAGCAGAAUACUAGGGUCUUCCACCUUUCCUUCCAAUAACUGCAACAGGAAGCCCUUUGAUAAAUUAGAUGCCAAUUCUGUCUGCUUGCUGUUGUCAUUCAUGCUUUGAUCUUUUUGAAAUGAAAAAGGAUCAUACAUGUCAUGGCUUCUCCCCUACCCUACUUUCGUCAACAGUUCCAGCUUCAUCUCCUUUUGGUUAUAUAAUUCUUCACAGCAGGCUACCAGUUUCUGGCUUUUAAGCAGGUCUGCAUGUGUAGGGCUGCCAGGUUUUGCCUCUUCCGGUUGACCAGGUUCUUUGUAUCUUUUUCAUAUUUAUUUGGAGCGGAACUUUAUAGACUUGAAUGUAAUCAUAUGAUUGCUGCCUACCUGAGGGACAGUGUUGACAUGAGAAAUUCUGAAUGCUUAAUUUAAUCAGCCACGGAAAAUCCUAUCCAUUUCUA